AUGGCGGAGAAAACAACGCGAGACAGCUUGGAGUAUUUUUGUCGUGGUAUAAUUGAUGUGUAUGGUGCGCGUUAUCUUAGAACGCCCACAUGGGAUGACCUUCAAAAGAUCUACGAGGUGAUUCCAGAUGCUUAUGUCACAAAAUGUUACUCUUACACGCCAGUAAACAAUUGUUAUAACAUAUAUGCAGCAGGUCAGAUUUGGAAAGUUGAGACGGACAAAAUCAAUGAUAAUUAUGUUUUCACAAAAGGUUGUCCGAAAUUAUUUCAUGAUCUUGCGAUAGAAGAUGAUGAUAUACUGUUAUUGAUGAAGACGGACAGCAACAUAUUUGAGUUAAAAAUUUAUCGUCGAGGAGUUGAGGUGGUGUUGACCAACAAAGAAGAAAGUGAAGAUGACUCUCUGCUGGAAAUACCUAAAGAAACAUACUACAAAAACGUUCAGUCUACAUUAUGUGAUGAUGAUGACUUGAUAGAUCAGAUGAUUUCUGAGAUUCAUGAAGGUAGUAGCAAAGAAUGGGUGAAUAAAAACAUUGCUGGAAAAGAAAAGUCGAAGGUAAAUGAAAAAAGAAAGAGAUAUGGUCAUGAAUUGAAGAUUUUGGAUGUUGAACGAAAAGUUGUUGCAAGGACAAAUUCUGUUGAGAAAAGUGGUAAAUAUGAAUUCACAAUUAAGGGAGAAAACCGCAUGAGAAUGCCUGCUAAUGUUGUAAGAUUUGCCGGAUUCAGAAAUAAAGUGCAUGAGUUAAAAGUGACGAACAUGAAUGGAAAAACCAUCGAUAUGAAUCUUAGGCACCAGAAGAAUGGAGAUGGUGUAAGGUAUGCAAUCGAAGCUUGGCCGAUGUUCAUGAAGGAGAAUGGACUUCGUUUUGGUGACACAUUGCAUUUCACAUUUGUAAGUUCAGGAAAUCUACUGAUCUUAUCACACGUGGAUGGGGUUAACGCAGGUUAA